UUUGCGCAUGUCCUCCUCGGCCGUAUAUAUUGAGCCAUGUGGGCUCAGACGUGGAGUUUUGCAGGACAGACUUUCUUUUGGCUGCAGGGCUCGCGACUUCCAGCUCCUCGUUACUUUGGUGGUGAGAAGCAGCAGGAAUAUAAAGCCGCCUUCGAGUCUCUCCGGUGGGAAUCAAGGAGCCUUGCAGAUUGACAGUUCCUGCAGGAAAAAAUGAGCGACACACUGGAUGACGGCUCUUUCAUGUUCACCUCCGAAUCUGUAGGAGAGGGACAUCCAGACAAGAUAUGUGACCAGAUCAGUGAUGCUGUGCUGGACGCACAUCUGAAGCAGGACCCAGAUGCUAAAGUGGCCUGUGAAACUGUAUGUAAGACCGGCAUGGUGCUGCUCUGUGGCGAGAUCACGUCUCGGGCCAACGUGGACUAUCAGAAGGUGGUGAGGGACGCCAUCAGGCACAUCGGCUACGACAACUCUGAAAAAGGUUUUGACUACAAGACAUGUAAUGUGCUGGUGGCCCUGGAGCAGCAGAGUCCAGACAUCGCUCAGGGGGUCCACGUCGACAGACGAGAAGAGGACAUCGGAGCGGGAGACCAGGGUCUGAUGUUCGGCUACGCCACCGAUGAAACGGAGGAGUGCAUGCCUCUCACCAUCGUCCUAGCUCAUAAGCUCAACGCAAAGAUGGCUGAACUCAGACGCAACGGCACAGUGCCCUGGCUGCGUCCUGACUCUAAAACACAGGUGACAGUACAUUAUGAGCAGAAGGAUGGAGCCGUGGUGCCCAAGAGGGUUCACACCAUCGUGAUUUCUGUCCAGCACGACGACGCCGUCUCUCUGGAGGAGCAGCAGAGAGUCCUGAAGGAGGAGGUGAUAAAAGCUGUGGUUCCCGCUAAAUACCUGGACAACAAAACGGUGUACCACCUCCAGCCGAGCGGCCGCUUCGUCAUCGGGGGACCGCAGGGGGAUGCUGGCGUCACAGGCAGAAAGAUUAUUGUAGACACAUAUGGAGGCUGGGGAGCUCACGGCGGCGGGGCCUUCUCCGGCAAGGACUUCUCCAAGGUGGACCGCUCUGCUGCCUACGCCGCCCGCUGGGUGGCAAAGUCUUUGGUCAAAGCCAAGCUGUGCAGGAGAGUUCUGGUUCAGGUGUCUUAUGCUAUCGGCGUGGCCCAUCCUCUGUCCAUCUCCGUGUUCACGUACGGCUCCUCCCAGAAAAGUGAGUCCGAGCUGCUGAAGAUCGUCAACAAGAACUUUGAUCUGCGCCCAGGAGUCAUAGUCAGGGACCUGCAGCUGAAGAGGCCAAUCUACCAGCAGACGGCCGCGUACGGCCACUUUGGACGACCAGAGUUUUCUUGGGAGGUGCCUAAAAAGCUGGUCUAUUAAAAGCUUCACCUCCCUUGUCCUGAUCAACCAUCUUGAAGCGUGAACACGGUGCCUCUUUAUGGACUGUGACGUCCGACUCGUUCAGGUGCAUAUUUAACCCAUUCAGACCAAAAGAGCCUUUUUAAAAACCUGUCAGUUCCCGGCGAAAAACUGCAUGCUGCAACUCCCUCUCACCUCCUUUGGGUGGAAGCUUUUCCAGAAGUUCAACCUUCGCAUUUUUGACUGUACAUUAGUUAAUCUUAACUUGCCUAUGGUCUGAUCAAGUCACAUAAACCAAAGUUAGGAAAAAUAGACCCACGUUCAAAGUUGCUUAAGGACGGUUCAAGUGUUAGGAGAUUAUUUCACAGGGAGGUCUUUAAAAAAUUUACAGGUGGUCCAAAGUCAAAGAUCAAACCUGCUUCGCAACAAACAAACACACAAAAGAUUAUUACUUCUACACAGCUACAUGAUAUAUAUAUAUAUAUAUAUAUAUAUAUAUAUAUAUAUAUAUAUAUAUAUAUAUAUAUAUAUAUAUAUAUAUAUAUAUAUAUAUAUAUAUAUAUACAUACAUACAUAUAUAUAGUUGGUAGUAUAAUGCAAUUAAACAACCUCAACCCAACUGGUUUCUGACGGGAAGCAAGGAAACGGCACGAGUUUUUUCACACUAAUGUCACAACUGAGUUUGCUGACGUUGUUUCUGCCAUUCUAUGAAAACUUCUGUGUUGUUUCUGAGUCAAGUAUUGCAACACAAUCAUGAAGCUGUUUGUCACCGCCGUACCACGCAGCGGGUCAUUAAACCACAGCGGAGCAAGUUUAUAAAUUACAUUGCAGUCUUACAUUGUCGCAGCACCUCUUUCUUUUGUCCUUUUGUGCUUUUACGUGUCUUUGGCUGUCAAAAGGUUACAUUUCUAUUUCCCACUCGGUGGGAAGUUUUAAAUCCUCGUUUUUCAUUUCUUCUGCGAGGGCCACUGAGUUCAAGAAGCUGUCAGAAAUUGAACCUUGCCCUGGGACUGUUUGUGGCAAACAGAACUAAAGCUAAAUCAGUUUGUGGACCAGGAAUGUCUUAAUUUAUUUCCGAGCCUGACCCAAUCCGCUGCGUUGCAGAUGUAAAUUUCCUUAUCAUUUAUACAGACUGCUCUCCCUUUUGACUGAAUGUGAAGCUUUGCUGCAUUAUGAAAUAGCUUCACUGAGUUCACUGCAACUCUGCCGCAUCGAGGCUCUAAAUGUUUCGAUUUAGAGGAAAACAGGGAGCUUCUCUGAAAGAUAUCCUGAAGGGCAUCCAGACAUUUUAAUUUCGAGCUUUCACUUGGUUUAAUUUAAUUUAAUCUAGUUUUCCCUUGUGAAGAGCCUGUGGAGGCACUAAGUGCAUCAACAACGUGUUUAUGACGGAGGUCUUCCUCUGUUUGGAGAUGUGAACUAUCUGUGUCAUCCUCUGCUUGCUCUAUGGGCAGAGAAAAUGGACAAUGUAAAUAAAGAAACAAUAAAAGGAGCAAAGACGCAAACAACUGUUUCUGCAACAGAUUCAUUUGUAGGGUGGGGAUGCUGGAGAAAAUUGUAUUUUUCUUUGUAACAUUAAUAUAAUUGAAGCCAUGUCUAAAAUAAAGACUACUUGAAUUCA